AUGGAUAGCUUUUUAGGGAAGUACCUUGGAUGGUGUACUUUUGGUGUAAAUCUGAAUCUUGAAAACUGUGAAUUGUGUACCGAGGGUUCAAAACACGAGCUUGGUGAAAAGGCAUUGAACAAAUUAGUUAAAAGUAAAGCAUUUGUAGACUAUAGCGACUGCAUUGAUGAGGCAGUUAUAAAGAUGGAAGCUAGGAGACUGAGCCAUAAUUCAACCAUUAUGCAGUAUAUGGCUGAGGUCCCAGAAAGUAUAAAGCAUGAGAAAAUAGAAAGAUUCAAAGAAGAAGCAACUUCAUUUGCUAGUGAGAUGAUAAAUGGAAUAAAUGUAGAGAUUAUAUUAGGAGAUAGUAAGGCACAUCCAGUACAGUUAUCAUUAAAUAGAGAAUUUAAUUCCCUUGCAUUACGAAGACGAGGGAAGAAACUCACUUUGCCAUUGGCUACCAUAAGGUGUAUUGAAAAAACUUCCCAAAAGCUAAUUGAUGAUGCACCUGAAUUAGCAUCAGUUGAAAAGGCAGAAUUUGAACGAAUUGUUGCAGUUUCUACAAUAACAGAUGAUUGGUAUAUUUUUGUUAUGAAAAAUAGUGAAAUGAGAGAUAAAUUUUACCAUCAAAUGAGAAUAAUAGUUGCUUCUGUGAAGAUAUCUCUUGCAGGAGACGAAAAGUAUUGGGGAAACAUAUAUAAGGAUCAACACAAUGAAGCUGUAAAAAUAGAGGAUGAUUCUGAAGCAGCUUACUUGUUUCAAGAUGAGAGAGAAGAACAUAGACAUUAG